AUGUCCGUCACUGACCCCCAGCCGCCACUUACCUUUCGUCCAUUCGGCACGAUAGCGACUUCUACCCCCUCCCCACCCUGGAACGGCCCGUCUCCACGGUCAGCCACCUCGUCCAAGUCGUCCCCAGGCUCAUCCGCCUCCACGGGGACAACCCGACUCCGCGCCAUCCUUCCUCGGCCAUCCGGACCGACCACUUCGACAGCUACCACCACUGCGUCGACGCUCGGCGCUGCUGGGCCUAGUGGAAAGAUGGACAAGACGCCAUGGCGGACCGGGACGGGGAGUAAGAAGGGGCCAUUCACGGUGGAUUCGGGCGGCGGGAAGGCGGGGACGACGAGGAAAACGGUUGCUCAGCCAGCGGCGGGGCCGUCUAGGAGUGGAACGGGCAUGUCGAAGGGGUCCAACCAGUUCCAGAGGCCCGCGGCGCCCAGUCGGCCCCAGCAGCAACUGCUGCACCAGCUCCAGUCGCAGCAGAUGCCCCAACAGUACCCGUCAGCGGCGCAGCAAAUGUCGACUCAAUUCUCGCCAUCCACAUCCCAAUUCCCAUCCCUCCACCAACAUCAGCAACAACAGCAAUUUCUCCCGCAGCAACCCCCGAACCCCAUGUCGAUGCCCCAGCACAACCGGCAAAACUCCUACCAUCACGACCCCUACUCCUCCAUCUCCACCACGCCCAACCCCCAGACCCCGCUCGACAUGCCACAAUUCGGAUCCGCUCCCCUCACUUCCCCCUUCGCUUCCUUCUCGCAAGGAUCGCAGGGGUUCGCACAGCAGGGGAUGCAAAACAUGUCGACUACCCCCCUCGAGGCGCCCACUUCGUCCCCAUGGGCCGGCUCAUUGCCCUCGCAGUCGGCCGCACAGUCUCCCAUAGACUGGACGAGUCCUAGUAUGGCAUGGCUGUUCCCGCCAGGUCAAACGGCCGGACCGGAAGAGGCGGAGCAGAACCUCCUCAACAGCCUCGCGGGAAUGAUUCACGAGGAUGCCUUGUCCAAGGAGCCCUCACCACAGGAUAUCGACGCGAUGCUGCAGUCGGCUUUCGACGCUACCCGCGUGCAGACACCGCCCAGCAUUCCGCCGGCGCAGACUCCGCCAAUCAUGGCGCAGCAGUCGAGCUUGCUCUCCCGCCAGAUGCAGCAGCAGCAACAGCAGCAGGGCUUUGCCGGAUCGCUGCCGCAGACCUCCAGGUCAUACACGCCUGGACCGGCCGUACCCACCCCUCCGCAGAACUUCGCCUCGAGCUUUGGCAAUGCCAAGCCGAGCAUGUCAAUGUGGCCCCUUACGGACAGAGGGAACGUGUACAAUGAGACACCGGUGACUACGCCGGGAGGAUCAGACCUUGGCUUUGGGACGAGUCCAGCAGAGCCUCCCUCUGCGUCCAGAAUGCAACCUCCGCCGAAUCGCCGUACUGCGCCGCAACCCUCCAACCCCUUCCCCUCAUUCACCACUUCUCCGCCUACCGUACCCCCUCCGAACCCAUUAUCGGCUGGUCAGACUCCGCCGAACUGGCCGGCCGGGAUGAGCCUGUCUGGCCUCCCGCCGCUUCCACCGGGACUAUCGAUAUCGCAUUUGGCGCAGUAUGGGCAGUUUGGGUUGGAGAUGGCGAUCAGGAUGGGAAUGGGGAUUGGGAUGGGACUGGGACAACACGCAGCGCAGCAGCAGGAGAAUUCGCAGCCAUCCUCGAGCAAUCAGAGCCCCGUCGCUCCUGCUCCUGCUCCCGCCAAGAAACGGUCCGGAAACUCUCGUCCUCAGCCGGUACCUGCCUCUCGCCGACCUUCUGUGGAACCGACCGCCGCGCCAGACCCUCGCGCCAAGGUCGUCUCCAAUAUCCUCAAUGAUGACUUUUUCGCCGCCCGCUCGCCCAUGUCUCCCGGUUCCGCCACCUUACCCACCAUGCUCGAUAUCCACCCGCCAAGCCGGGGCGGAGCGGGCAGUCCCGAGCCUGCAUUAACGUCGCCCGUCAACGAAGUGGCCGAUCCGCUCGCUACGCAGGUAUGGAAGGCGUAUGCCAAGGCCAAGGACGGAUUGCCGAACGGGCCGAGGAUGGAGAAUCUCACGUGGAGGUUGAUGCACCUCACGCUGAAGAAGCAGGAGGAGGAGCAGGGCGCAUCUGGGAUGAGCAAGAGUGCGGGGACGAGUCGGGGGUUCCAGGCGGGAUCGCUGGAUACGGUGCGGGAGGAGAAGUCGGGCAAUUCGCCGGCGGCACAGGAGGAACAUGGGUCGAGAGAGAGCUCGGGAGAGUUUGAGAGGGGGAGGAGUAAGGGCAAGAGUAGGGUUGUGGGGUUCCACAACGCCGCUAGUCCCCAGGACGCUCCCGCUGAUGAUGGUGGUAUGGACUGGCGAAUGGCAAGCCGAUCUCGGUCACGCAUACAGCAGGAUUGGCGGAUGACCUCUCGGUCUCGGUCUCGGUCGGUCGCUCCGCGCAGCUCGGCGUUCGGGUCCGGAUCGGAACAGCGCGCGUUGGACCUGCUCUCUCACGGUCCGAUGCUCAAUGGCAGCUUUGGCCAGAGCAUGCCUCCGCCCGUCACCAACUGGCAGUCCAGCGGACUCGCCGGUGUCCCCUCGUCCGGUCCCGCCGACUACAAUCCGGCUUCCUUCCCUGACAACUUUACGGAUUUCAACCUCCUCAACGACCCCAAUGUCGGUCUGCACGACAAUGCCUUUGACCCGCUGGCAAACUCGCUUCCGCAGGAUCCGAACGGUCUGGCGCAGCUGUCGGCUAUGCUCGGCAGUCCGACCAAGAGCGGCUGGGCGCCCAAUUUGCCGGGUAUCGCCGGACCGGGGCUUUAUACCCAGACCGAGGAGAAUUAUCAUCCUCAGUUUGGGUUCUUGCCUCGGCGGGUCAGAAAGACCAGCUUUGACCAUACGAUCUAUCAGUCGCCGGAGAACGCGAGCCGAAUGCUCCCUCCCUCGGAUACCAACCCGCGUAAGCGCCAGGCGGAGGCGUCACCUCGGGACGGUAUCAACGCGCCAUUACCAGACGAGAACGGGUUCCCCUCGUCCAACUUUACGUUCUCCUUUCCCCAGUCCCUCGACAACAUGUUUGAUCUUUCGGCGGUCUCGACCCACCCCACUCCGGAAGGCACGGAAUGGUUCUCCCAGUCACAACCCAUCACGGCGGAUACGUCGGCGUACAAUUCGCCCUCGGCCGGACCAUUCGGUAUGGACCCGCGGGUCCUGGCGCCUCAGCAGGCCCAGUCGCAGUCCGUCGGGACUGGAGAGGACCCUUACGACUUCCAGCAGCUCAUGUCGAUGUACCUGACCAACUCGUCCGCUUCGCCAUUCACGCACGUCAAUCCUGCGCAGGUGUUGGGAAUGGGGGAUGGGGGAUUGGCGGAGUCGGGUCUGUCGGGGUCAAGCGGGGAGCAGUUGGGCAUCUCGGCUCCUUCGGCGAGUGGGAGCUAUGUCCACCAGUCGCAGUCCCCGCAGGUCAGGCAAAAGCCUCCUACGAAGCCAGUACCCAAGACGGUCGGCGGCAAGCCUGUCGCUAGCGCCUCGGCAUCAGCGUCGGUACCCGCCCCGCCCGCCCGGUCGAACUCGUCACCCAACCUCCAGGCCUUACGGAUGCAGGGCAUGUCGACCACAUCUGCUACUGCCUCCUCCUCGCGGCCGACGACGAGCAAGGGCGGCGGUGGACACUCGAAGCAGUCGUCUGUGGCGGCUCCGACGAAGAAGGCGAGCAAGUCGGGGACGGCUACGCCUGCUACGGAAGGCGGGGCGAAAGCGGGGGAUAUACUCAAGCAGCCGGCGGGCAAUGGGGAUGCGCCGAUCUUCUGCUCGAAUUGCUUGACGGUUAAUACGCCGCUUUGGCGGCGAGACGAGGAUGGGAAUGCUGCGUGUAAUGCUUGUGGAUUGUUCAGAAAGCUACACGGUGUCGUAAGGCCCUUAUCGCUCAAGACGGACGUGAUCAAGAAGAGAAACCGCGCUGGUCCAGCUGCGAAAGAAUCCUCUGCGAAGAAGGCCGGAAGUAACGCUUCCACGAAUUCUUCAAAGUCCAAUAAGAUCAUACAUUCGUCCCAGUCCAAGCCGUCGUCACCGAGUGCGGCCGCUGCGGUAGCCAUUACGAAGAAGCAGCGCCGGGUAUCAGAUGGGCGAGGAGGGAGCGCGGGAGAUGGAGGGUUUAGUGGGCCGGGGAGCGCGGGGAGUACGUCUGGGAGGAAUGGGUUCCAGGCGCAGGCGGGGCUGAUCGUCACCGACGACCUCCUCCUCCUCAUCCGUGGCAUCGACGAGCCCCCUAUCCCUCACCUCGCCUCUAAGAUCUCCCUCCUCGGCAAGGUCCGGCGGCUAUAUCUUGAGUAUAGCCACACGUACACGCAUCCCGCCGACGCCCCUCCUCACGUACGUCAGGCGCUCGAAGAGCGCAUGGCAGCACAUAUCAGCAGCACGGUCUACAAGCUGGAAGAGGUAUGGGCGGAAUUGCAGAGGAUGAAGGAGGCUCAAGAUCUCAACUCAGCGUGGAUGAGGAUUCUUGGUUCGUGGGAACCCCAAGCCUCGGACGGAACGCAUCUUCACGUCCCUACACACUCUCGGGACUGA